UGAACGGUGAUUUUUAUUUUUAAGAUAGCCCACCCCCUUUGAUUUUGACAGAAAUAUCGAGAAGAUCUUGAAUUUAAUUGAAACACAGACCGACAAGAUUUUCGUAUAUAUUUACGAAAUAUUGUCUAUGAAGAUGAUUAUAUCCAUCUCAUAAUAUCGGAAAAACCUUAACUUUUGCCUUUUCAUUAAUGUCUAAUUUUGUACAUAAAAACAAUUUGUAAUCAAUGGCAUUGUACACAGCUGAUUGGACACCACUUGGGAAAAAUAUAUAUUAUAGGAAAAUUGAACUGUAUUCUAUGCAAUGGGUUGAUCAAGUAAAUCUCUCAGACUGUAUUAUUGUGGCAGCUCCUUUUGGUGGACCAAUAGCUGUACAACAAGAUGCAAGAAAGCUACAGAAAACUCAAUUUGCAAACAAGUCAAAUAUUUAUAUAUUUUCAGCCUCUGGGCAAGCAAUAUCGACUGUAAAAUGGAACAGUGGUCCAAUAGCUCCUUGCGGUCUUGGAUGGUCUUCAAGUGAAGAUUUGGUCUGUGUUCUAGAGGAUGGAAAUGUGAUACUUUAUGAUAUGUAUGGAAAUAUACAGAAAACUACUUCAAUGGGCCAGGAUGUUAAAGACACUGGAGUUUUAGAAUGCAGAAUUUUUAAUAACUCAAAAUUUUAUACUGGUGUUGCAGUUCUGACUGGUGCAUUUAAUAUAUUUCUAGUCAAUAAUAUCAAAGAACCAAGAAUCAGGAAAAUGGCGACUGUACCAGGUCUAAGUGCUCCUCCAAGCAGUUGGGCUGUUAUUGCUGAAGAACGAAAUACUAAAGUUCUUGUUGCUAAAGAUGCAAAUCUGUACCUUUUAAAUCAAAAUGAAGAUAAGUGUACUCAAGUUUUUCCAAAAUUCAACACCCAGAUAAAUGCCAUUAUAGAAAUGACUGUAUCCUGCAACAAUCAGAACAUUGCUCUUUUUUCUGAUAAUGGUGCAUUGUGGAUGGGAUCUGCUAAUUUAGAAACAAAAUACUGUGAAUUUGACACUCAAGCAAAAACAAGACCUCAUCAAUUAGUUUGGUGUGGAAAUGGUGCUGUAGUUGGCUUUUGGCAGGUUAAUAAGGAGAAUAUCAUGAUAGUAAUUGGCCCCGAAAGAGAUUACAUGAAUGAUAUAUUUUACAGUCCAAUUCAUUUAGUUCCUGAAAUAGAUGGUGUGAGAAUAAUUGGCAACAGUACACAUGAAUUAUUACAAAAAGUUCCAGAUGCUGUGAUUGAUGUGUUUAAAAUUGGAUCCCUAUCUCCCAGUGCUUUGCUUCUAGAAGCAUCAAAUGAAUUUAGACGUCAUAGCCAUAAAGCUGAUGAAUACAUUAGAAUGAUUCGGGAGAAGAGUGAAUUAGAAGAAGCAGUUGAGUGCUGCUUAAAAGCUGCUGGACACGAAUUUCAGCCACCAACCCAAAAGAUGUUACUGCGUGCUGCAUCGUUUGGAAAAAAUUUCAUUCCAGAUAUGGAUCCUGAACCUUUUGUAAAGAUGUGUCAAACUCUCAGAGUUUUAAAUGCUGUUAGAGUAAAUGUCAUUGGAUUACCAAUUACGUAUACACAAUUAGAAUUUUUAAGCAUUCCAGUUCUUUUGGAUCGUUUAGUGUUAAGGCGUCACUAUUGUUAUGCUAUAUGCAUUUGUCAGUAUUUGAAAAUUCCCGAUACAGAAGGAGCUAGUCGAAUUCUUGACCACUGGGCUUGUUAUAAGGUAAAGCGUACAAAAUUGGACCCUGAAUCAACUGCAAGAGCUAUUGCUGAAAAAUUAGGAACCACUCCAGGGAUAUCCUACGCUGAAAUUUCGCAUAAAGCUAUGGAAUAUGGGCAUUCUUCUUUGGCAGUCAAGCUGUUGGACUAUGAAACAAGAGCUUCUGAACAAGUUCCAUUGUUAAUUAAAUUGAAACAGGAAACUCAAGCAAUGAUAAAAGCUAUAGAUAGUGGUGAUACUGAUUUAAUUUAUACUGUUAUACGGUACUUGAAGAAUUCCUUAUCCAAAGGAGAUUUUCAUAUGCGCAUUCGACAGUUUCCUGCUGCUCAUGAUUUUUAUCUCAAGCUCUGUAAAGAACAAGACCUUGAGUUGCUAAGAGAAAAUUACAGUCAAGAAAGUGAUUUUCUUUCUGAAGGGCAUUGUUUUGUAAUGGAAAGCUACCAAACCAAGAAAGCGGACAAAAGAAUUAGUUCUUUACAAGAAGCUUUAAAGUCAUACAAGAAAGCUAAAAAUGAUUUUGCUGCACAGAUAACUGAAGAACAGCUGAAGUUAAUCAAGUAUCAAAUAUCUUUUGAAGAAAAGUUCCCACAAAACUACCAUAAUCUUUCUUUGCAUGAAACAAUUAAGCAAUUACUUACGCAUCGAGAGUCUAGACUUGCUGAUGAUUUGAGAAGAGAAUUUAAAGUGCCUGAUCGAAGAUUUUGGUGGCUACAGAUCACUGUACUCGCUGAUGGUGGAGACUGGUUAGAAUUAGAAAAAUUUUCACGUUCUAAGAAGUCACCCAUAGGCUAUGAACCUUUUGUGGAUGUUUGUGUCAAACAUGACAAUAUUUAUGAAGCCCAAAAAUACUUGCCAAAAGUUAAGGAAGAGAACCGUAUCAAAUAUUACAUUAAAGCUAGAUUACUUGAGGAUGCUGCAAAAAUUGCUUUCGAGAAAAAGGAUUUAGCAGCUCUGAAUCAAGUUCAGAAUAUGUGUGGUGUCAUGGAUAGAACUAUUGCAGACAAAAUUACUACUAUGAAAUCCCAACUUUCAUCCAAGCGUUAAUGUAUUUUUUCUAUGUAUUAUAUCAUACUAUAAAAUAAAAGUUGUAUAUUUGAUUUCA